AUUAUUACUGUUAUUGUUACUAUUACUGUGACUAUUACUGCUGCUGAACAGACAGGCGCAGAAAGGCCAGGCAGUGAAAAUUUUGCACUUUCUUUUUUUGUUAUUCUCGGGUGCAGGGGCAAGAGAGUAGCGGGAGCAGAGGAGAGAACAGCGCGCGGGAGAGAAGAACAAGAGAAGAGAAGAGCAAGAGAAGAGAGGACACAGCAGGAGGGCGCAGGAGAGAAUAACCCGAGAAUGUCUUGUUCUCUUGUCCUGUUAUUCUCUUGUUCUCUUGUUCUCUUGCUCUGUUGUUCCGUUGUCCUGUUGUUGUUCUCUUGCCCUGUUAUUCUAUUGUUCUUUUGUUCCGUUGUCCUGUUGUUGUUCUCUUGCCCUGUUAUUCUCUUGCCCUGUUAUUCUCGGGUUAUUCUCUUGCUCUGUUGUUCUAUUGUCCUGUUGUUGCUCUGCUGUUCAGAGCAGCAAAAGCAAAAGAAAAAGAAAAGAGCAGAGGAGAGGAGAGGAGAAUAA